AAUGCCUCGUUUCGCACCUACCGUAACAUUAAAUAAUGGUCUAAAAAUGCCCGUUUUGGGAUUGGGAACCUGGCAGGCCCGCGAAGGUGAUGCCGUGCAAGCGGUCAAAGCAGCCCUGGACGCCGGAUAUCGUCACAUCGACACGGCCUACUUGUACGGAAACGAGAAGGAAGUGGGUCGGGCGAUUCGCGAUAAGAUCGCAGAGGGCGUCAUCAGGAGGGAGGAUGUGUUCGUGACCACCAAGUUGUGGAACACAUUCCACGAUCCAAAGCACGUUGAGGAGGCUUUCAAUCGGUCCAUGGCCAACUUGGAUAUUGGCUACGUUGAUUUGUAUUUGAUGCACUGUCCGGUUAGCUUUAAGUUUGCCGGUUGGCAGGUCCAGAAGUCGGAUCCUGUGGAGUUCACCGAGGUAGACAUUGUGGACACGUACCGUGCCAUGGAGAAUUUGUUGGAAACAGGAAAAGUGAAAAGCAUUGGAGUUUCGAACUUCAACAGCGAGCAGAUAACGAGGAUUGUAAACGAGUGCAAUGUUCGACCCGUUACGAACCAAGUUGAGUGCAAUCCGACCUUGAAUCAACGGAAGCUAAUUGAAUUCUGCCGGAAGUUGGGGAUCGCCAUCACGGCGUACAGUCCGUUGGGUCGCCCUAAUCAAAGUUCUGGAAAUGAAAACAAAUCCGCAAUUGACGACCCUCGAGUUCUGGAGAUUGCAAAGAAGUACAAUAAAUCUCCUGGGCAGAUCAUACUGAGAUACCUGUUGGAUAUUGGAACCAUUCCGAUUCCGAAAUCGGCCAACCCGGAUCGACUUCGACAAAACAUUGAUUUGUUUGAUUUUAAGCUGUCCGCAGAGGAAAUCAAAACGAUGGCGAACCACAAGUAUUUCCCCUUCCAUAUCGACUUCUGAAUAAAAGUUGGA